UCUAUUUUGAGUGCAGCCCUCUCACCCUUAGCUCCCCACUGACUACAUUCUUAAUGCUAACAAAUAAGUAAAUAAAACCCUAAAACCUUUUUUGUUGAUAUACUUACGCGCGUUUUCAUCGCUACAAUAAUAUUCCAGCUACAAGAACCUGAACAUACAAAUAAAGAAUUAAAGAUAAAAAGAACGGUAAUCUAAAAGAACAUAAAAACAAUGAAAAAAAUAGGAUAACAAAAUAGGCAGAAAGCAGCAAUCUAGGGUUUAGAUUUCAAAGCAAAAGAGAAAAACUUGUGCUCUUAUCUGCUUGAUGAACUGGUUUUUAAGAUCGUCAGCUAGCGCGACAAUCGCCGACGAGGUGUCUUUAUUCUGACUCUGGCCCUGCUCAUGGUCGUGACGGAGAUCGUCCUCCUCUUCGGACGGCGGCGGUGGAAUCUCCUCUUUUCCUUUAAUUCUCUCCUGCUCUCUUGUUUCUUCCGCUCGGUGGGAACCCUUUAAAAUGAAGCGGUAAAUUUAAGUUUGAGCCAACUCAAGGAUGUUCGGUCAAAGCAAAAUUUUAACUUGGGAUAUUUUAGCCUUAAAACCUUAAAUAAAUAAAGCCCCUUUACUUAAGGUACCCAACUCAACCAAAACCAGAAGGUAAGCCCAAAAAGAAAGUUUAGAUACUAUACUCCCUUCCCCCUCAUUCCCAAACCAAUUCCUUCACAAAAAUCCCUAAGUGCCUGCCGCUCACCACCUCCACCUGUCCAGCGCCGCUGCCGUGGACAGCCGUCUCCACUCCGGCGGCCACUUCGUCUCCCCCAAAUUUCAUCAGCCCUAAUCCCAGUCGCCUGUUUCCUCUGCCAUUUGCUUCCACUGUUGCAGUAGGCUCAUUCACUGUACCUGCAGUACAAGGCCACUAGUAGCUGCAAUCACUUGACUGAGUUACAACAUAGAGCCAAUACAGCAUUCCCGUCCCAACAAAGUGAAGAAAAAACUUAAUAUGGGCCGGGUCGAGCCCGGGAUUGGCAUGUAUAAUCUGGGGCGGGUUUGGGCAGAAAAUUAGGCCCUUUUUGGGCUGGGCCAGACCCAUGCCUAACAUGCGGGCCCAAAAUUCUAUCAAGGCCUGGCCCGGCCCAUGAUCACCUCUACCCUAAACUUAAUGAGUCAUGAGAUUUUGAGGGUUAGGUUUUUUUGCAUCAAGCCAUGGAUCCCUCAAAGCAAGAAACAAACCAAAAAAAAGCUUCUAAAACAAUGGCUGAGAAGGAAACCCAAGAAUUCCAAUUUGUUGUUUACAAUACCAUGACUCAGCAAAAAGAGGUUUUCAAGCCCAAAACCCCUGGAAAAGUUCGCAUGUAUGUCUGCGGUGUCACUGCCUAUGAUUUCAGUCACCUUGGCCAUGCUCGUGCUGCCGUUUCCUUUGAUGUCCUUUACAGGUACCUUAAGUAUUUGGGUUAUGAGGUUACUUAUGUCAGGAAUUUUACUGAUGUUGAUGAUAAGAUAAUCCGUCGUGCCAAUGAGACUGGAGAAGAUCCAAUAAGUUUGAGUGAUCGGUACUGUAAAGAAUAUAAUAUAGAUAUGAGUGAUCUACAGUGCCUUUCUCCAACACAUGAGCCGCGCGUUUCUGAUCACAUGGAGCAGAUCAAAGAUAUGAUAACUCAGAUUAUAAACAAAGACUUUGGAUAUGUUGUUGACGGCGAUGUGUUUUUUGCUGUUGAUAAAUUCCCAAAUUAUGGCAAGUUAUCUGGGCAGAAGCUGGAAAACAAUAGAGCGGGUGAACGUGUUGCUGUUGACUCAAGGAAGCGUAAUCCUUCCGACUUUGCAUUAUGGAAGGCUGCAAAGCCAGGUGAGCCAUCUUGGGACAGCCCAUGGGGACCUGGACGACCUGGGUGGCACAUAGAAUGUAGUGCAAUGAGUGCACAUUAUUUAAGCUUCAAAUUUGACAUUCAUGGAGGUGGGCUUGAUUUGAUUUUUCCUCACCAUGAAAAUGAAAUUGCUCAAAGUUGUGCUGCAUGCGAAGAGAGUGAUGUAAGUUAUUGGAUGCACAAUGGGCAUGUUACUAAUAACAAUGAGAAGAUGUCAAAAUCUUUGGGUAACUUUUUCACAAUUCGCCAGAUUACUGAGAGAUAUCAUCCACUGGCUUUGCGAUACUUCUUGAUAAAUGCACACUAUCGUUCUCCUCUCAAUUACUCCGUUGUUCAGUUGGAAGGUGCAUCAGAUGCUGUUUUUUACAUAUAUCAGACUUUGAAAGAUUGUCAAGAUGCUCUAUUGCAACUACAAGAAGAAAUGCCCAACGAUGGCAAACCAGCUCGGAUUAGUCCGGACGCCAAGGAAUGCAUUAGCAAGCUCCGCAAUGAGUUCCAGGUGAAAAUGUCAGAUGACUUGAGCACUUCACUUAUACUGACUGGUGCCUUUCUAGAAGCUUUGAAGUUGGUAAACAAUUUGUUGACCAUGCUAAAGAAGAAGCAGCAAAAGCAACAAAGAUUAUUGGUAAUUCAAUCCCUUAAAGAGGUUGAGAAAGAAGUUACGAAAAUUUUGGAUGUUCUUGGAUUGCAGCUACCUUGCUCUUAUAACGAGGUUUUGCUGCAAUUAAAGGAGAAAGCAUUAACGAGAGCGGGGUUGGUGGAAGAUGAUGUGAUUCGUCUAAUUAACGAACGAGCUGAAGUGAGGAGAAACAAAGACUUCUUGAAAAGUGAUCAGAUGAGAGCUCAUUUGCAAGCUAAGGGCAUUGCACUCAUGGAUGUAGGCACGGAAACAAUUUGGAGACCUUGUGUUCCUGUUCAACAAGAAUCGGGAAUAGUGCCAUCAGAGGGCCAGAAGGUCCCUCCCAAGCCUGAAACUGCAGAAGAAUGCAGAUCUUGAUUCAAGUUCACCAAAAAAAACAUAUUGAAUUUGCUUCGUAAGGUGGUUUUUAUUGUCAAAACAAGUUGGUGGGAUCAAGGCCAUUUCUAGACAGUUUUGAUUCAUAAUUUAUAAAAUGUCUUUCCGUUUCUGACCUAAUUGUUACGGGAGAAAUUGUUUACUAAUGAAGGUGGUUAACAGCGAAUUAGGUUAGCAAAGAGAGUUAGCAGCAAGUUGAAACGGUGCUCUAGGAUCAGUUUUGACAGCUGUAUACUAACAGCUGUAACAGCUAAUUAGCUGAUAGUUUUCUUUUCAAUAUUUGGUGAAUUGAAUCUGUUUCGUCUCA